AAUAGAAUAUAGUCUAAACACAACACAACACUCCAAAUGAGAUAAUCAAAGAAAAGAGAGAACAUAGAUAAUCCCCCACGCUUCUUCUCACUUAACACGGAUUAAAGAAUUUUACACUAGAAAUUCAACGCAACAGUGAUCCUUUUUCCUUCAUUCCCAAGUUACAACUCCAUCAUCAUCAUCAUCAUCAUCGUGUGUAAAGAUAUGGUGGAUUCUAUUCCAUUCUUCAACUCUCUUCCUGAAGAUAUCAACAACAAAAUUGCUUCACUUCUUCAGGUGCGGGAUUUGUGUGCUUUGGGUUGCUGUUCAAAGUUCUGGAAACAACUCUGCUUCUCUGAUUCCAUUUGGCAAUCUCUUCUCACUAACAGAUGGCCCUUACUCCAAUCACCUCUCUCUCCCAAUCUCAAGACAUGGAGAAGAUUGUAUUUUGAGAGGCACAUCGAUUUGGGACUUAGAGCAGUGUCUGUGGAGAGGUUUUUGAAAGCCUGUUCGCGUAAUGAAGCACUUGAGGUUGACGACUAUCUGCAAGCCUUUGAAAUUGUUAACGAUGCAAGGUUUGGUUUUGAAGACAUCCAAAGGUUUUUGUUUAAACCUGAGAUGAGUGUGUUGGUUAACUUGAUUGGUGUGCAUUAUUGCAUAACAAACCUCGGGAUUCCGGGUGAUAAUCUCGUAGAAGUCCUUCGGACUAGUGAGAUCUCAAAUCGGCAUGUAUGCGUCAAGUGGUGGAAACUUGGUAGGUGGAUAUAUGGCUACCGCGGUAGAGAUGAGUUACUUUUUCGAUGGGUUUCUUUGGCAGAUUUGGCAACAGAAGAAAAUGAGUUUGUUUUGGGAGUGCUUCGUCGAGGCACUGUUCUUGAGGUUUUACGCGUUCAGAUCUCAGCUGUUGAUCAUAAAUCAUUACCUUGGUCUUAUCAGGAUAACCAGUGAUUGGAAUUUCUGCAGGGAAAUAAAAUCAGCUAAAAAUGUUCAUAUCUAUCAGCAUCAACUAUAGCUGUCAAUAUUUAUAAGCAUGAAAAUGUGUAUAAUUAUAGUAGGUGUCAAUAUCUACUAGUAUGUGUAUAGUUAUGGUUUAUAAAAUUCUGCAGUAAUGAUACAUGUGUUGUAUAUGUCAAUAAAAACAUUGCAGUAAUGAAUAAGAAUGCUUAUUAUCUUCUUCUCA